UCCAAUUCAAUGUUGUCAAAUUGACUUUAUGCUACAAACGAAGUCAAUAAAAGGAGCAAGCACGCUCAGUUUCCUGGCUCUUGAAAAGGAGUUUGGCUGCCUGUUUAAUCUAUAUUAACACUGAGGAAGUACAACACAUAGUGAGAGCAGAACAACCCCCACCAAUACCCUCUUUUAGGCUACAGGUAUACUCCUUCAAUUCAACUUCACUUUACAACAAACAUUUUCUGAAACUUCACACACACAUGUGCACACACACACACACACACACACACACACACACACACACACACACGCACACACUACAUAUCACAAGGCCUACUCUCUCUCUCUCUCCCUCUGUGGGUCAUGGUCUUGUGUACUUUGGUUAAAUCAUCAGUGGUGCAAAACGCUCUCUCUCACACACCUACCCACACACACUUGCACACACACACACGCAUUCAGCAUGGUGGGAGCUGUGAUCGUCCUGUGGCUGAGUGUCUGUCUGCUCCUAUGGCUGCUGAUGGGGUCGCGACCCCAGGGAUUCCCCCCGGGCCCUGCGCCUCUUCCUCUGAUUGGCAACCUGCUCCAGCUGGACCCCCAAAACCCCCUGAAGACCCUGUCCAAGUUGGUUCAGCGGUAUGGUCCUGUGUUCAGUCUGUAUAUAGGCACUCGUCCAGUAGUGGUGCUGAAUGGCCAGCAGGCGUUGAGAGAGGCACUGGUCACCAAAGCAGUGGAGUUCACAGGACGACCUGACCACAUCAUGAUCAGCCACAUGACAGAAGGAAAAGGGGUGAUUCUGGCGGAUGUUGGCCCUAGUUGGCGAGAGCACCGGCGUUUCGCUCUGUCCACGCUGAGGAACUUUGGUCUGGGCAAACGCAGCAUGGAGCAGCGCAUCCUCGAGGAGCUCACACAUGUCUGUGCUUUACUAGAGAAGAGUGCAGGCGGCUCAAUGGACCCUCAGCAUCUUUUCCACCAUGCGGCAUCCAACAUCAUCUGCUCCAUCAUCUUCGGCUCUCGCUUCGACUACGAUGACCACUACUUCCAGACCCUCAUCACAAUGAUGGAGGAGAUCAACAAGCUGGCCAUCGGGCCCUGGGCCAUGCUGUAUGACGUGGCGCCAGUGUUGCGGGCGCUCCCUCUGCCCUUCAGGAAGGUGUUCCGGUACUAUCAGCGGCUCAGGGAGCACAUGCAGCAGGUCAUCACACAACACCAGCACCAGAGUGCGGCACACACACACGAACCCAGAGACAUGAUAGACUGCUACCUGCAGGAGAUGCAGAAGAGGGCAGGCGAUGGGUCUUCAUUUGAUGACUCCCACAUGGAGAGUUUGCUGAUUGACUUGUUCGUCGCUGGAACAGACACAACCUCCAACACACUUCGCACGGCAUGUCUCUACCUGAUGACACACACACAUGUACAAGAGCAAUGUCAUCAGGAGAUUGACGCCAUGCUGGGCUGUCGUGAGUGUGUGUCAUUUGAUGACAGACACACCAUGCCGUAUGUGCAGGCGGUCAUUCACGAGUCGCAGCGUGUGGGCAACGUAGUCCCCCUCAGUGUGUUCCACACCGCCACAACACACACACAGCUCCAUGGAUAUACCAUCCCUAAGGGCACGAUGGUCAUCCCUAACCUGUCCUCUGUGCUGAGUGAAGAGGGCCAGUGGAAAUUCCCUCAUGAGUUUAACCCUCACAACUUCCUGAAUGAGCACGGAGAGUUUGUCAAACCUGACGCCUUCCUUCCUUUCUCAGCAGGCUCCCGAGUGUGUCUCGGGGAGAGUCUAGCCCGGAUGGAACUCUUCCUCAUCCUGGUGACUGUGCUACGUCGGUUCCAGCUGGUGUGGCCAGACGAUGGGGGUGUGCCCGACUACGAGCUCAUCUUUGGGGCCACUCAGUCUCCCAAACCCUAUCGGAUGGGCGUCCGCUUACGACCACAGGUUGGGAACUAGAACAUCCAUCCAGAUCUACUCCUGCCUGCUGGGAUCUAGAACAUUCAUCCAGAUCUACUCCUGCCUGCUGGGAUCUAGAACAUUCAUCCAGAUCUACUCCUGCCUGCUUCUUGUCCCCUGUCUUCUGCAGAUGGACAGCUAGCGAAUCUGAAAUAAUCUCAAUACAAGAGGCUACGUGUAUAGGGACUACAUAUCUGUAGGAUUCCAGUUGAACACAUCAUUACUUUCAAGAUGGUAUUCCUCCAUUGACUUGCAUUGUAUUGAACACAGCACCACAUGUGGCAUUACAAGAGAGCUGGUCCAGCAAUUCUUUUUGCAUCACAUGACAUCACUGUAACUUUCAAGUGCCAUGUUUGUGCUUAUGGUGUGUCCAUUGUCACCGCCCACGGCAUUAAUUCACUAUGGUUACCACUGUGCUUCAUGACUAGAGCAAAGGGAAAGUCACACAAGCAGAUUGUGCAGUACACUUUAUUUUAUGUGCUGUUGGCUGUAAUAGCAUUACUUACUUGUCGUGAUCAAAAAAAAUAUGUUUGCUCUCCUGGUGA